AAAGCAGAGGCGAGCCGGGCUCAGCCCUCCUCCUCCGGCUGCCCAGCGCCGCUGUUAUGGAAACCAGCCCGGCUUGCCCGAGCACAUAAUGGAGCAGCGAUGGCCAAGGCCGGCAGCAGCGGCGCAGCCCCCCAGGAGAGGCCGGGGGUCCCGGAGGGCCAGGACCCCUGGGAGCUGUCCCUGGAGGAGGUGCUGAAGUCCUACGAGCAGCCCAUCAAUGAGGAGCAGGCGUGGGCCGUGUGCUACCAGUGCUGCCGGGGGCUGGCGGGCGCGGAGGGGCGCUGGGGGCCGGCGGGCCGGAUCCGGGACACGGCGGACAUCCUGCUGCACAAGGAUGGGACGGUGACCGCCCGGGGGGAGCAGGGCUCGGCCGAGCUUCCCCUGACCCUGUCACCCUCAACGGAAGCACAGAUGGUGCAGUCGCUGGGAUUUGCCAUUUACCGGGCGCUGGACUGGGGGCUGGACGAGAGUGAGGAGCGAGAACUGAGCCCCCAGCUGGAGAAGCUGAUCGACCUCAUGGCCAACAGCGACUCUGACGACAGCGGCUGCGGCAUGGCGGACGAGGGCUACGGGGGGCAGGAUGAAGAGGAGGAGGCUGUGGAGGGGCUCCCACGAGCCGUGCGCACCUUCGGGCAGGCCAUGAGGAUGUGCGCCGCUCGCCUGACGGCCCCCCAGGAGGCACAGCAACAUUACCAGGCUGUGUGCAGGGCCCUCUUUGUGGAGACGGUGGAGCUGAAGGCUUUUCUCAGCAAGAUCCGGGAAGCUAAGGAGAUGCUGAGGAAGCUGAGGGAACAGGAGGAGAGGUCGACGGAUGAACUCGAUAACCUGCGGAACACAGACUGGGCCCGGCUGUGGGUGCAGCUGAUGCGGGAGCUACGCGACGGUGUGAAGCUGAAGAAAGUCCAGGAGAAGCAGUACAACCCCCUGCCCACCGAGUACCAGCUGACGCCCUUUGAAAUGCUGAUGCAGGACAUCCGGGCACGCAACUACAAGCUUCGCAAAGUCAUGGUGGAUGGUGACAUCCCCCCCAGGGUGAAGAAAAAUGCCCAUGAAUGCAUUCUGGAUUUUAUACGGUCACGGCCGCCACUGAAACAGGCGUCCGAGAGGCGGCUGCGCCCCAUGCCCCAGAAGCAGAGAACGCUCCACGAGAAGAUUCUGGAAGAAAUCAAACAAGAGAGAAAACUUCGCCCAGUCGAGACCCGGCGCCAGGGUCAGAAAGGUUUUGGCUCUCUGCCCUGCAUCCUUAAUGCCUGCUCCAGCGACGUGAAGUCAACCUCCUGCAUCAACCUCUCUGUACCCGACUCAAGCACCCCCGCCCAGCGCCUGCGGCCAAGGGUUCUGCUCAAGGCUCCGACACUGGCCGAGAUGGAGGAGAUGAAUAUCUCCGAAGAGGAGGAGUCUCCAAGCGCUGAGAUGGGGAGGGAGUCUGGCUUAGGGCUCCCCCUGAAGCGUGAUCGUUCCUUCUCUGAACAGGACCUGGCCCAGUUCCAGAGCGAGAGGGGCACCAGCCAGUCCGAUUCAGGGUAUCUGGCACCACGGGAGUCUGAGCCAAGACCCCGCUCAGGUAGCAUGAAUACUGCACGGAUCAGCAUGGAAACCAAGGGUUCGUUCCCAGCCAGUUACCACCAGAUCCCACCUAGCGCUGGUCCACUCACGGCCGACCGCGGCUCCCUCGGGGCUGUGGAGGAGAGGUCAGAGGGCAGCUCCAGCUCCACCCCAGACAGCAGCUCCAAGCAUCUGUGGCUGGAGUUCAGCCACCCCGUGGAGAGCCUGGCCCUCACUGUGGAGGAGAUGAUGGACGUGCGCAGGGUGCUGGUAAAGGCCGAGAUGGAGAAAUUCCUCCCGAGCAAGGAACUCUACAACAGCCUGAAGAAGGGGAAGAUAUGCUGCUGCUGCAGAACAAAGUUCCCUUUGUUUUCUUGGCCCCAAGCCUGUGUUUUCUGCAAGAGAUCCGUCUGCACCUCCUGCAGCCUGAAGAUUAAGAUGCCUUCGAAGAAGCUUGCUCACAUUCCCGUCUACGCCCUGGGCUUCGAGAACCUCCCCGGAUCUCUGAAUGCCAAAGCUCUGCUGCUGAGGAGGAGAGAUGCCUUCCACUCCCUGCACUGGCGGAAGGUGGAAGUGGAGUUCCCCCACAUCUACACCCACGGCUCCAUCUUGAAGGACAUCUGCUGUGACUGCACCAGCUUCGUGACCGAUGUCAUCAGCUCGAGCCGGAAGAGCAUGGACAUCCUGAACGCCACGCCGCGCAAGGGCAGGAAGACGCAAUCCCUCUACAUCCAGCCCACCUGCAUUGCCAAACCCCAGUGAAGGACUCCUCUGCCGCCCCGCCGAGCCUGGCCCUGGCAGCUUCACAGGCACCAGGAGCCAGGCUCACAAGCAAUUCCGCAGUGUUAGCACCUUGGCAGAAAUUGGCUCUCCAAUGAGCACACCUCCCAGCGAGCUGGGACUCUCUGGGCAUCACCUCCCACCCCCACCGACAUCCGUGCGCAAGAACCAAACCAAGAUGGCUUCCAGAUGACCCUGCUGCCUAAAAAUUGCCAGCCAUCCUUCCCUGGCAUGCUGCAAACACCACUGCUUGCCCCCAGCCUGACCGCUCGUGCCGCUCUUAGACCUCCAUUGCGAUGCCCUGCUAGUGGAGGUGUGCGUAUGUACAUAGAUGAUAUAUAUACAGCUCCAUAUUUAUAGACAUUAGUGACCAGCGAGAUGGCACCUCAACCGGCGGGACUAGUGUCGGAAGCCACGUGUUGCACAGCCGGGACCCCACUAGCUCGGUGUCUCCCCAUGGGAGGGCAGAAGGACCCAAUCCCUUGCUCUGGCUGACGAUGGGCAGGACCCAGGAUGUGACUCGGAGCCCAGCUUCUCUCAGAUCUGUCGGAGUGCGACCCGGCGUGUUUCCUUCCUUCCCACCUGGGCAGCUGGUCCUGCCCGGUUCCUCGGGGUCCCGGAGCAGGCUGGGGCAAUCUGUCUGGAAGGUGGGGACCCUAAACGUGUUGGGGGAGGAACUGUUCAGACCCUUCUGUUUACAUUGCUUCUGACUCGCCUGGAAGGAACGGAGUCCUAGCUCCUGGGCCUGUGUGUGCUGCUGGCUAGCACAAGGCAACGUGCUGGUUCUGCCAUGUGGCCAAACCCCUGCCAUUGGGAUCAGGGACGCAGGCUGUAGACCCCCUCCUCUGCCCGCCCAGCCUGGCACCGUUCCUCUCCAGCUCAUCCCUUGGUGUCAACGGCUGCCGGGGCUGGGAGGCCCCCAGGGCUCAGUUCCCACCGAAAGCACCUGGCGGAGCUGGGCUGGCUAGAAGCCCUGGCUGGGCCUUAGGCCCUAUGUUUGAAUCCAGGUCAUAGUGCUUGUGACGGCCCGAGCGCCUGUCCUGGGAGCCAGUGGGGGUGUUGAGCCUUGUGAGGUUCAGUGAGGGGGGUGCGUGGCCUUGCCUUGAGGAGCAGACUGGGGCCCCCUGCUCCCCAUGGGGAGACCCCUGUGCAUUAUUGAGAGCAAAGGCUUUUCAUGGGUCCUUUCUAGCUCAGUCAUUGAGCCAGGAUCAUGGGGAUCUCCGGUGCCUGCCUGCCCCCACUGCUCCCUUCCCUUCGCUGCUCUGGCUGCCUGGUGCUGUCAGUGCCCCUGUCCCUGGCGGUGGAGCAGGCGCUGGCCGGAUUUAGUCAGACGCUGGUUUUGUACCGGACACUCGGCUGGGAGGACGUGUUUGUCUUUGUGCUGCAAGGCUGCGUGUGGCAUCGGGGCUCGCUCCGGGCAGAGCUGGGCUGGUGGCCGGCUGCGCCGUGUCUGAGUGUACGUGUGCGGCAGUCGGGGAGAGUAGCCGCAGGCAGCCAGGGCCAGGCUGGCCACGUGGUCAUGCAGAGCAUGCGAGGCUGUUGCUUGGUUAGAAUGAAGCCGGCCAUGCUCCUGUGGCCUGUGAAGCAUCCCCUGCCCCCGGCAGUGCUCUGCAAUUAAUAGUAAUAAUACGGAGGAGGGCUUUGCACUAAGGGGGCCAGGCCAUCACUAUCCCCAAGCACAGGUGGGAAGACAGAAGCACGGAGAAGGGAGGUGUCUUGCCCAGGCCACCCAGAGCACAGUCCAGUCCCAUCGAAUGUAUUUGUCUAGAGCAUGCUUUGUGCGAAGUAGCCCGGCCUAUGGAGGCUGAGUGACACCAUGCCCUCCUCCCUGCCCAGGGCCAAGAGAGGCCUGGGGAAUUGGGCCAAACAAAAUCAUGCUCCUGCAUCAGGUUUCCUCAGUGGGCGGGUGUCUCCCCACAGACUGUGCCUGCCCACAUGCUGCGGUCCAGGUAAAGCACCCAAGCCGUGUGAACUAAAGGGACUAUUCCACAAUGUGCCACCACCUGGGUGUGUUGUGUCUUGUGACACAGGGAAAUACAAACUACACAUGCCUACUAGGCCCAAACAAGUCCCGGGGCAGGACCUGCUUUUUAGUGGCUCAGAAACCACGGGCCCAUGCCAUGGAGUGCCUACUUUGCACUUUCACACAGGCUGACUACAUGGGCAGAUUGGGUUUUGUGCCUGCAGCUGGCCAGACAGACACUCAGGCCUUGUCUACACUAGAAAUGGUUUGCUGGUUACACUGGCAAACCCUUCUAGUGGGGAUGCAGCUUAAACGCAUGCUUUGGUGGGAUAGUUCAUACCAGUUCCCCAAACAAAAUAGCUGUGCUGGUCUGACUGUCUACACUGGGGCGUUAGCCAGCCUAGCGAGGUCAGGUGGGAGAGGGACUUUUCACACUCCUAGCCAACACAGCUGCCGCAAAACUUUGCACUGUAGAUCAGGCCUCAGCCUGGCAACUGGCUCGUGCUCAUAAAUCAAGUCAGUAAUUGCUAGUGGAUCUCUGCACACAGCACGAAGGGACUGAGCUCUGGCAAACCAGGCCUGGAUGGGACCUGGCAGCAUUUGGGGGAAGGGGCAUCCUCCCUGGGAAACUGCACAAUGUGUGAUAGGGGAAGCCAGGGGGAUGCCCCUGCAGACUCCAUGACCUAGCAGCCCCUCUCCACGCUGAAGAGACCAUCCUGGCAGAAACCCCUGGUGCUCUGCUGCCCAUGGGCGCUGGUUUCUGAGGUUAGCCUGCCUUGGCGCCACCCCGCUCGCUUCUCCCUGUUUUGACUCGACCACAUUUUGCUGACACAUAAGAAUGACAAUGCCUUAUCAUCCUGCCCACUGUCUGCAAUAACUCAUCCUCCUGCCCCUGUCAGCGUUGACAGGCCCGUGCAAAUGAGGGUGACUCCGCCCACGUGUCCUGUCCAUGGCUGACCCAUCGGCCAAUGUUUUGUACAAAGCCCAUCCUGUACAGAUGAAAUGUACAUUGUAAAUAACGUGCACCUGGACUGGCAUGGUUGCUCUUGUACAUAUGGUUGCUCCCAUACUAAUAAAUCCCUAUUUUGAGCUGCA